AUGGCAAAGCCCCGCAAGAACUCAGCCGCCGCCGCCGCCGCCGCCGCGGCAAACAGCAACGCCAUCGCCAGCGCGGCCGCCGACGCGGGGGCGGACGUGCGCGCCAAGCCCAAGAAGCGCACGCGGAAGAGCGUGCCCCGCGAGUCCCCCUCCCAGCGCAGCUCCGUCCACCGCGGCGUCACACGGCACCGGUGGACGGGGAGGUUCGAGGCGCACCUGUGGGACAAGAACAGCUGGAACGAGUCGCAGAACAAGAAGGGCAAGCAAGUUUACCUCGGGGCGUAUGACGAGGAGGAGGCCGCGGCCCGGGCGUACGACCUGGCGGCAUUGAAGUACUGGGGCCCCGACACCAUCCUCAACUUCCCGCUAUCUAUAUACGAAGAGGAAUUGAAAGAAAUGGAGGGACAGUCGAGGGAAGAGUAUAUUGGUUCACUCAGGAGGAAAAGCAGUGGGUUCUCACGAGGGGUCUCCAAGUACCGCGGAGUCGCAAGGCAUCAUCACAACGGGAGAUGGGAGGCCCGGAUCGGCCGUGUGUUCGGCAACAAGUACCUCUACCUCGGCACCUACGCGACGCAGGAGGAAGCGGCGAUGGCGUACGACAUGGCGGCGAUCGAGUACCGCGGCCUCAACGCGGUCACCAACUUCGACCUCAGCCGCUACAUCAAGUGGCUCCGCCCCGGGGCCGCCGACGUGGCGGGCGCCGCCGGCCGGAGCGCGCACCCGAUGCUGGCCAGCCUCGCGGCGCAGGAGCUCCCCGCGAUCGACCUCGACGCCAUGGCGUUCCAGCACGACCUCCACCAGCAGGGCAUGGAGGACGGCAUGACCGCGGAGGCGGCGGCGGCCGCGGCGGAGGCGCAGUUCCCGCUGCUGCCGGCAAGGGCGGCCACGCUCGGCCACACCCCCACCACGUCCGCGCUCAGCCUGCUGCUGCAGUCGCCCAAGUUCAAGGAGAUGAUCGAGCGGACGUCGGCCGCCGAGAGCAGCACCACCACGUCCUCCUCGUCCAUGUCCACGCCGCCGCCGCCGCAGGCCACCAGGGACGACGGCGCCUCGCCGCAGUGCAGCUUCCCGGAGGACAUCCAGACCUUCUUCGGCAGCGACGACGGCGUGGCCUACACCGACGUCGACGGCCUCUUCUUCGGUGACCUGUCCGCCUACGCGUCCCCGGCGUUCCAUUUCGAGCUGGACUUGUGA